GCACAGAGAGCUGAGCGGGGCACGUGCAUUAACCUGGAGUGGGAAAGGCCGAUGGCUCUGCCCUAUACUUGAAUUCGAGGAGGUCCCAGAUGUGAGUGGGAUUUGAUCCUGCGUCUGGGAUGGCUUUACAGAGCCCCUCCCCCUCCCAGUCUGUCAUCCUCCUGGCAGAAGAGGAACCUCACUAACCACACUGGUUCCUUAACAUUUCCUCAAGAAUGUCCCUUGCUAUCGGACAUAUGUCAGCUGGAGCAGGAGCUCAGUUCUGCUAAAUGUCAUUGUGGUGUCAGGUGGUCCUGGGAGAGGCAAAGGGAAGGGGUGGGCUAUAGGGAAGUGCUGGGGACAGAAGAGAAGGGAGUUCCACACUCCAGGGAGGACACGGAGGCCAAGAAGCAAAGAACAUGGCGUUAGGGCGGCCAUGGCCACCUGGAUACUAACUGCUGAGCACUGGAACUGAGGAUUUUUCAGCUGAUGAGGCGCUAGGAAGUUCAAACACCAUUGUGUCUGGGUCCCGGACCAGUGAUCUGGAGAGAGCUCUGACAGGGCAGGAUGGCCCAGGAUCUCAGUGAGAAGGAGCUGCUGAGGAUGGAGGUGGAGCAGCUGAAGAAGGAAGUGAAGAACCCACGUGACCCGAUUUCCAAGACAGGAAAGGAAAUCAAGGAUUAUGUAGAGGCCCAAGCAGGGACUGACCCUCUUCUCAAAGGCAUCCCAGAAGACAAGAAUCCCUUCAAGGAGAAAGGCACUUGUGUGAUAAGCUGACGGCCCACCCUCCUCCCCCUUCCCAUCUCCGUGUCCCUCCUCAGCCAUGACUAAGUGUACUGGGAUACCCAGGGAUCAAUGUUUACUUCCUCUUAGACACAAAUAAAGAUGCUGAGAAAAAACCAA